AUGGAAGAGUGUGUUUGUGAUUUGAAGGAGGCGCGUCGGGCUGGCAAGCCUGAUCUAUAUUCUGAGCAGCUUACACGUGUACUGCAAGAUCAGCGCGCUCAGUUAUUUGGAGGCAGCCUUGCCAGCAGCUCAGACAUCUAUCGUCGGCAAGCUGAGGAGCGCCGACAUCUGCUGCAACGCCGUGUAUCUUUCCGCUUUCGCCUGGCAAGCACAGGAAACGAUAUGGAGCAGCCAGAGGAGGUGCAGUUGGAGUUGCGGAUGGCUUGCAAGGCGGUGGCGGACGAGGGCGAUGCGAUGGAGGUACCAGCGGAGAAACCGGCGGCACAAGAGUACUGGGAGACUACGGCGAAGUACGUUCAGCAGCCAGAGGAAUUGGCGGAAAUGGUGAGGUACUCCCCGCGAAGAGGCUCAAGGCGAAGGCGCCCGACGGCCAGGCGGAUCUCGUGA